AUGAAAAAACAGUGCAUACGCUCGUAUAUAAAAACUCGUUCAUUAUUAGGCUUAACAGCUACACAAAUUCAUAAUGAAUUAACUGCUGUUUAUGGACCAGAUGUAGUUUCAGAUAGUAUAGUUGCUCGGUGGAUUCAACGAUUUUUAAAUAAGCUAGAGUCCUUGGAAGAUAAUCCUCGGAGUGGUCGUCUGUUAUCCGUCAUCACUCAACAAAAUACUGAUGACGCUAAAGAUUCGAUGAAUGAUGAUCCACAUAUUAUUAUGGAUUAUGUUACUGUCAUCUUAGACACAGUUAUCAUAUCAUUCAUCGUGGUGGAUACUCGAAGAUGUUAG